UUGUCACAUCCGGUAACCAUGUUGUCUUUCAGCAUCAUCCAAACAUUAGCUUUGUUGAGUAGCCUUUUUAGCUAGAAACUCUUCCGAAAACAAGAGCUCAAAUGAGUCGCAAAAGGAACCACAGUUUCGCGGAGACGAGCCUGUCUCCUCCUGAGCUCCACGGAGGCUUCAUGGAGCCUCCAGCCGGCUCGUCAGGCGCUGAUUUCCUGGAGCUGAGUGAGCAGCACGACGACGACGAGGAGCUGCUGUGCUCGGUCAGCGACAUCACGGAGCACCUCGGCAGAAACAUCACCGUGGUGCUGGAGACGGCGCUGUCUGAGAUCCGCAAGAUGGUCAGCAUCAGGAUACGAGUGCUGAAGAUGGAGCUGCGCGAGAAAACCGAGGAAAUAGAGGUGUUGAGGGCGAGAUUAGACACUACCAGCACCAUGGAGCCGUCCGCAUCCCUCCACAAACACUCCAGUGUCGACCCAAGGAGAGCCAGCAACAAGGCUGUCAUCAUGCCCGGUGUGAAGAAGGAGAACAUAGACGCGAUUUGUGACUAUCUGAUGAAAGACAAGAACUCUAGAGGGGGGUGUGCUGAGAUGGAUGGAGAUCAGAGUAGUGGCGGCGAAAGGGAGGCUCGCCAAGAUCCGGACCCGCACUCCCUCAACCUGUGGCCCGACAACACCGGCUCUGGUUCCUCCGGGCCCGGCCACGGAGACUCCUCAGAGUCCACCACCGCCACCACCACUGAUGACCUCUUCAGCAUGCUCCCCUCUGGCAGCAAACGGAUGUAUGACUAUGAGUGGAUAGCACCGAUGGAGUACUCUGCAGACCUGAAAGUCAUGAAGGAGUCUGAGUGUGAGAACACCCCGACCGGUGAGACAGAGGACGAGGAGGAUGAGGAGGAAGAUGAGUCGCCGAGGAGGGAGGGAGGUGGACUGGAGCAGGCCCAGGCCCCGCUGUCACACGUCCAGCCCUCGGAGUUCUCCAUGGAGCCCCGGAGCUCUCCAGGGGAGAGAGGGAGUCCCCUGGAGGGCAACACAGACCGGCCUGUGGCAGGCCAGCAGUUCCCCGGCCACACCUACAUCUGCUCUCUGUGUGGAACCUUCUGCCCCGACUCUGUGUUUCUAGAGGAGCACGUCAAACUGAUACACUCGGACUCUGCUGGUGCCCAGGCUCUCCAGGCCCUGCAGUCCACCUGCUCGGCUCCACCCGCCAUGGGAGACGGCGGCGAUGACUCCCGGAGGGGCGGAGAAGGGCAGAACGAGGACGGAACAGGAGUCGUGGCCGGUGGCGACGUCGAGCGGGGAGGGGGGCCUUUGAAAAAAGAGAUUAAAAUCGAGGGGGGGUACGAGUGUGGGGACUGUGGCCGCCAUUUUAACUACCUUGGCAACCUGCGGCAGCAUCAGCGUAUCCACACCGGAGAGAAGCCCUUCAUGUGUCCGGAGUGCGGGGAGAGGUUCCGCCACGCAGCCCGUUUAAAAAGCCACAGGUUGGUGCACAGCGGGGCCCAGAGCCCCUUUCCUUGCCCCCAGUGCGGGAAAGGGUUCUCAGUGCUAUCCGGACUCAAGAGACACCAGCGGGUGCACACCGGCGAGAGCCCGUACGCCUGUCCUCAGUGCGGCCGGCGCUUUAAAGAGCUUGGGAACCUGUACACCCAUCAGAGGAUCCACAGCGGGGCAACGCCCUACUGCUGCCAGCAGUGUGGACGCAGCUUCCGCCACCUGGGGACAUACAAGAGCCACCGCUGCACGCCGCCACAGUAACCAGCUCAGCUGCUACGCUUUCUACGCUCUCUGAUUAUAAGAAAAUGUAUGUCAAAGACAGGCGAUGGUGCUGACUGAGUCUUCAUCGCAUGGCUCUGUGUUGACACUGAGGUGCUGGUCAUGUGGAGAACGGGCCGGUAUCCUUGAGGUGCCGCCCAGGCUUUCGUGUUCUGUCACAUUCAUGACAUUUCACACCUGCAUCAGGCAUCAAGAAAAGCUGCAUCACGGAGCUUGAGUUCAUUCUCAACCUCCGAAACAGCAGUUUGACAAAACAAUGUCAACUCACAUUGACUCCUCAUUAGAGUUGUUCCGAUGCCGAUACCAGUAUCGAAAUGCCUCCGGUACAGCUAAAAAUGCAGAAUCGGAUAUCGGCGAGUCCACGCAUCGAUCCGAUAUCAUAUCAUUAUCAGCUCAUUUACGCUACACAGGUCAGAUCAGUACUGAGCAUGUACAACUCUCAACAGAAAAGAAAACGAUCACUGGGUCCCAAAUCGAUGAUGAGCGAAUGAGCCAACUUACUUCUUCCUCAUCUCUGUUGAGUGUUUCACAUGUGCAGUACUGAUCAGGCAGGUGCUAGGGGAGAGUGUAACAUCAGCUGGCGCUGGAAAAUCCCCCAAAAAUAUAGGUAUACGUAUGUAUAUUAGGGGUGUCACAAUUUCAAAUUUAAAUCGGAAAUUGAUCGCAAAGACCUACCUAGCUUUACCAUUGAAAUGAAAUGCAGGAUCGAAGAGAAGAGAUGUAACAGCCAAAACUAUAAACCAGCACAAAAAUCACACUGUUGUAGUCUAAUUUUUUAAACUCUUUCUAAAUAUAAAGGGAGUUCAGUUCUCUUUUUAAAGAAGAUGUUUUAAGUGUAAAUGACAGUUGUCAAGGCAUGAAACCAAUGAUCUGUUGAUCUUUACGAACCAAGACUCCGUAGUCUAACAAUGGCAUGUUUUAAUCAAAAAUUGAACCAAAUAGAAUCGUGACCUUAAAAUCAAAAGUCAAAACAAAUCGUGGAUUUGGAGAAUCUUGAUACCCCUUAAUGUAUGUCUAUAUAGCAUGACUAUUAUUUUGGAUCUGAUCGGUACUUUCUAUCGGUCAAGUUCAGGUAUCGGAAUCGGUAUCGGUAAUGAAAAAAUGGUAUCGGAGCAUUUCUACUCCUCAUCAGCAGAUGGAGUUUGCUUGCUCAGUUGUCAUGGAACUGUAGAUAUUCAAACUUUCCAUUUUAUCAGAGGACUUUUAGGACUUCUUGUCCAUGUUAGUAGAAAGUUGGCAAGUUUUUUCUUGAUCUAGGAAACUUUGGAAAGCACAGAAACAUUUACAGUUCCAUGACAACAGAGCACAGAGUUACACAGAAUCAGUAACCCUGAGCUUAGAUAGUUUUGUUAAGAAGCUGAGGCCAUCAGGCUACACGUGGAACAUGUAAGAGGUGACAUUUGACUGAACUUUGGUAGGAAUGGAAGAUGGUCGAGAGUAAACUUUGAGGAGACAUGCUUGCAUAUAUGAUUCAAUAAAAGAAAUUAUUUCACACUGAUACAUGGUUCAAGCACAACAGCAACUCCCAUGAGGAAGUAAGAGUUACAUUAAUCUUAAAGAGAGACUUUCAUUUGUGAAAUGCAACAAUGAAAGUGUUGAAUAUAUCUAGGGGUUUGAAUCCAUUUCAUUCAUUUGCGCCUUAACCUGCUGGGCCACCCUGGGUGACGCAUGGAUCUGAGUAGUGGGACUCCACCACCCACAUGUGGACUGACUGUGUAACUACUUCUUGGUCAUACUGCUGUCUUUUAUCAUGACACUGCUUGGUGCUAUGUGUAGAGCAGGACGUUUAUCAUAUAAUUUUUAACCAGUGUAAUGUAUGUUACAGACUAUAUCUUGGUUAUUUUAUACAUUUGCCUGUAUGACAACUAAAAAUUGUGUGAUGAUAGAUAUAAAAAAAACCUUGAAGGAAAAUAACCCAAGCGUCAGGUGUGUUAACUCGAACUGAUCCGAUUCAGUGAAAGCCCAUUAGAAGAAUUGACCUCACGCUUGUCUGUAAAUGAGUUUUAGUUCUCUAAGCACUGUGUGCAAGACUAAAAGCAAGAAGACAACGUAUCCAAACCUGUGAAACUGAAACGCUAACCAAUCUGCUUCCUAAUAAACAGUUGUCUUAAUGUCA